AUGUCCCGAAACGGGGAUAUCAGGGGUUUCUUCGGCAAGCCUUCCGGCCGGAGUAGCACUCAGUCUCUACCGGUUGCCAGCUCGUCUCCGCCGGUGCUAGAUCCGCAAUCGUCAAUUUCAACCCCUAGGACCCCGAAAUCCACACCGAAGCCUAGAGAUCGGACCGAUGAAAUCAAAGGGUCCGAUGAUGAGGACGGCGAUUCGGAUGGCUCUCUCGAGUCAAUCACCGCUUUCAUUGAACGGAAACAUGGUCCUAGUCCCUACCAAAGAGAUACAAAUCUAACUUCUCCAAAAGCUAAGAGAAUAGCUACUGCUUCAACGUCCUACCCCAAGUCUCCCUUGACAAUACAACCCAAACACAAGUUUGACCUGAAAUACUUAAUAGACCAUGCCCGGCAGUCUGACCGAGCGGAGGAAAGUGCCAGGAAGGCUGAUGAACUCAUCAACCAAAGCGAGGAUGACGAAGAUGAAUUUGGCCAACUCUUGACGGAGGUGCAGAACGACCCGUCACUGUUGCAGAAAACAGCUAAGGAACUCCUCGAUAACGAUGAGGAAGAUACUAGGGGCGACAAGCUUAUGAGAGCUAUGAACCGCACCAAAGUAGACGGGUCUCGCAGGGUGUGCUACUUCUUUAACCUGGAGCAACCCCUAUUAAAGCCUCCUAGGAAACCAUUUCCUCAAAAAAGAGCAACAGGAGCCUGGCGCUGUCUCGCCGACUCAAGCACGCGAGACCAAUCCGUCAUAUUCGGGUAUCCACAUUCUAUCGUCGAUAGAGGCGGGAAGAUCCCGGACGAGAUUUUCCUCUGGAUCCUGGAUGAGCUCUGCGUUGAGAAGAAUGCUCAGCUACGCUCGCAAUAUGUCAAUUUGUUGGUUUGGUGUCUAGAUAGCAUUCCCCGCCUCGUCACCACCGCGCGAUUAUAUUAUAUGCUAGAGAAGCUAGGCGGUCCCAAAUACUCUCAAAAGCAAGAUCAUUCCAAACUUCAAAGCUUUCCAAGGGUAGAAGACCCGUAUCCUCAGAGAGACUGGUCAGGCCUUGUCACUUUCUUAAUACUUCUAGACCGGAUGGCUCGGAGCAUGAGCACGGAAAGUGUAAUAGGAGCCAUCAAACUAUUGCUGCGUAUGGCUCUAGACCCCCUAGUAAGCACUACGGUUCGUCCUGAGCAUGCUGAGGCGAUGGGGUCUCUUGUCGAAGCUCUUCCGAAGCAUGGCACGAACGAAUGGGAUGAGGCUUGCGAGACCAUAUCCUUAUAUUUCUACGAAAUCGUAGACGGUCCCGGCAAUCACGUAAUUCCUAUAAGCUACAUGCCCAAUACCGGCACCAAGCAGCUCGACCUACGACGACGCAUGGCAGCCGUAGCGUUCUUCCAGGACACCUCGCUAGGCCGCAAACCAGUCGACGAGGCUCUAACACUAGACGCUCUCACAGACCGGCUCGAGUCGCCGGACUUCCGCAUCAGCCAAACCACCGACUUCGAGGCGCUACGCGCUCUCGUCACGCUCCUGGACAUCGUCCUCGGCAGCGGCGGUUUCAUCAUGAAGCAGUACACGUCCUCUGCCACCAACGCCAACGUCAACGCCGGCUCCGACACCCAAGACGGAGUAGAAGACAGGGACGCGGGUCGUAAGUUCGACGCCGACAUCGACGGCCUGACGUUCCGGCUCAAGAUCAUCCACGACAAGAUCCACGACAGCACGCUGCUGUCCCGCAAGGUGGCCAAGGCGUCCAUCGACUUGGUCGCCAAGCGAUUGACCUACGCCGUGCGCACGCGGCCCCCGCCCAAGACCAGCAUCUUCGACCCCGAACCCAAGGAGGAUAGAAACCUGCCGAAGCAGAGGGCUUUCAUGAAGAGCUGGGCGCAGAAGAAGGCGGCUAAGAGCGCUGAUUCGUUAGCUAAUGGGAACGGGGGCAGUGGCGGCUGA